AUGGCUCCUGUACGACGGUAUUUGAGAAUCACCAAAUAUUCUGUCCUAGAGUGUCGAAUAUAUCUCGAUAGCCCAGCGCUUGCACAAUCGUGGCUGUUGCAUCCGAGGCACCAGACGUUGGCGCGUGUGAUCGAAGCAAUCCGUCCGCUUGUGCUGCCCAAGCUGCGAGAGGAAAGAGAAAGAGAGAGAGCCAAGAAAAAGCCAUCAAAAAAAUCACGAGUGAAAGAUGUAAUUGUGCAAGAUGACUUUGAGGUGUCAAUGUUUCUCACCGAAACGAGCACGCGACAUUCAUUGCUCUCCAAGAAGAAGCAUUUCAGAGAGAAAGGACCGUCGAUGAUGCAGUCUAAUGCAAAUAAACUAAUCGGCGAGACAAAUGACCAGCCGCUGGAUGUUGACGAAGCAGACUUUGCCCCAAUACGCAUCGAAGAAGAGAGCGGUGACGAAGAAAACAUUGACUUAUCGGCCAUCCCGACAGCUGACGCACAAGGCGGGGCCAAGCGUCACAGAGAGUCCGUCGCAGAUACCUCUGGAGUCGGCCAUGGAAAUGCAGACGAGGCAGCUAUAGAUCUGGAUUCCGAUGGUGAGGAGCCACCUUCCAAGCGAAGGCGCGAGGUCCCAGUACUGGAUUCUGAUAACGACGGCGAGGAGGACAAGAAAAAAAUGGCCAUGGACGUUUCAUACGAAGGCUUCGCAAUUUACGGGCGCGUCCUCUGCUUGGUCGUCAAGAGGAGGGACGGCGGAGCCAAGUCUAAUCUAUCGUCCGCGUCCGGCGUCAACGCGGCCACAGGGCAAGCGAAGAUGGAGAACUGGAUUACGUCUACGCAGAUGCCCGCCGACGAGCCAUGA